UCGCGCAUCACUGAGCGUUGGUGCUUGUAUUGCGUUCAGCGACGCUAGUUUUAGCAUCAAUAAAUCUAUUCCUUCUCGCACUAGUGCGACUAGUCACCAGGUCGAUAGCAGGAGUUCUGCCAAACUUGUUUGUUGAUUUAAUGAAGGUUCGUUACUCCUUGUUGACUAUAUAAUAACGUUAACUAUUAUGAGGACAAACGCUUCACUUAGUCACUACCUAAUGAUGCUGAUGAGCCUUCUGUUGAUUCUGGUAAUUUAUAGGACAUUCGCUGCCUUUGAUCAGCUUCAGCAUGAUAUCAAAGAAGCGGUCCAGAGGGACUUUAGUAAGUUGUACCGCCAGCAGUACCUCUGCCUCCGAGAUAAUAUACGUGCCCCGACACCCGUGUCAUUAAGAACCGCUCUGUGUUUCUGCGACAGUCAGUGUUCACGCUAUGGCGACUGUUGUGUCGAUGUGGACAUCCGUGACAAAAAAGAGGAACGCCAGGGAUAUCACUGCAGCCAACUGGGACUUCGGUUUUUCUAUACUAAAAUGGGCUGUGGGGAAGACGAUGGAGAUGAUCCAACCUUUGCAAAGUAUCGGUGCGAAGAGAAUCCAGAGCACAUGGAAAACGUUUCUCACCUGAUAGAUCAGCCCCAAUUCCACCUCAAGAGUCGUACCCUAUAUAAAAAUAUCUACUGUGUGCUGUGCAAUAUGCCAUUUUCAAAUAUUAAGGAGGCUCGUGGAGAUAUUUAUCAUUGGAAGCAGCGAUACAUGUGGUUUAGUGAGGAAAUGACGCCUGACACUUGGUCGGUGGUUCGUUUGACUAACAAAUGGAAGUACGACCCAAAAGUUCGCCAAUACAUCGUGGCUGCCAAUGGAAGUGAUUAUAAAUUCACAGUCGACGCCGAGGAAUACGAUUGGGGGAACUUUUCUGCGCAUUUCAAUACGCGACUGUGUCCUGAGGUGCCGGUUAUUGAAGAUUGUCCCCUUCGUGAUGAGAACCUCGAAGUUGAUCCAGACGUGGAGGAAUGGGAAAAGUACUGCCCUCUUUAUACUGCUUAUGUACACUCAGAUACAUUAGAUGCGUAUCAAAAUGCGCAUUGCGCACUUUGCAGAGGUGUACCCCUUAACAGGUUGAAUCCCGGCUUGCCAUCUCUCCCCGAGGAGCGUACGACUCCAGUUGGCAAGAAAGGGGACAUGUUUAAUUCGUAUCGCAACAAGCUUAUUUGUAAACCCGGCGAGGUAGCUGUGUUAAAUUCUUUUUGCAGUCCUGUGCUGUGUCAGCCCGGCUGGAUUUGGAACGGAGCUCAUUGUGUCUCUCAGGAGGGCGAAGUGGGAUGUUUCUAUUUGACUCUUGAGGCCGAAUGGGUAAAGUUUAUGAUGAAUGGUUCGGUUAUGCUACUAGACUCAAAGCAGAUCUUCAAUCAAUACUCAAAUAUCACAUCAAAGAGUGGCGUCCCAACUCAUGUACGGGUUUGCCUGAAGACUGCGAUCACCGUGUCUCUUAAUCCUGCGCAGGAAUUGGUGGCUGAAGUCUGUCUUAUGUCAUCUUCGGUUUGUUUGCUUCUUCAACUGAUUGUCUAUCUUUUGAUCCCAACCCUACGCGUGACACGGCCUGGAAAAAUCGUUAUGUCCCUCUCAUUAACCAUCCUACUAGGUCACGUAAUGUUCUUGAUUAAGGACGAUAUCCAACCUGGUACCUACAUGUGCUUCAGCAUCGGGCUUAUGGCACAUUACUUUUAUCUUGCCUCCUUUUUCUGGAUGCUUGUCAUGGCUCUUGACUCAUGUCGAUGUCUAGCAGUAAACGUGUUUAAUGCAACGGGUGGUCCCUAUCUAAUGAUAAAAUACAGUAUACUGGGUAUCUUCUGCCCCGCUCUUAUCGUUUGCUCGUCCGUAAUCUACGAUGGAUUUUCACCGUACAGUCGUUAUGCGCCUCGAUAUGGUCGCGAAGUUUGUUGGAUCGGUUCAAGAUACGGACUGAUGGCGUUUUUUGUCGCACCUAUUGUUACGAUCCUUCUUUUCAACUUCAUGCUCUUUGUUUACACCGCAUACACGGUUCGACAAGUACAGACGAGAUCCGAAAAAUUCCGUACGAAUCCGUCUGGCUACCAAACCGAAAUGACCCGCCUUAAACUGUACAUUCGACUGGUGGUGGUUUUGGGAUUUACGUGGUUUUUCGGAGUGCUUUCUGCCCUCACUGAUAUCUCUUGGUUGUGGUAUCCGUUUUUCGUGUUAGGAGGCGCACAGGGGGUCUUCAUCUUUGUUGCCUUUACGUGUAAACGCAAGGUUUGGAACGAAUUGAAGCCGCUAUUUUGGCGAGGUUCCGUGCGUCGUCGCAGUACUCGGGUCAAACAGCGGACCAGUACCGACAUCACAAGCAACAACUUUCAUGGUUUCUCUAUAAAAAGUGCGCCACCAAAUACUGAAUCAGCACAUCCUAGGUAAUAAUCACCUAUAAAGGCUGUAUUUGACGAUCGCGAACCGCAGAAAAGUAGCUGAUUUAUAAAUAACAAUAAGAACAAUAACAGUUUCAGAAAAGAAAAAUUGAGCAGGAAUUAGGAGUUUUUCUCAAUAUGCCAAAGUUUGAAAACUGUAAAAACAAAAAAUAUUUGGAUUUGAUUUUAUACAUUUUAACACCUGAAACUAUAGGUUAUCAAUUUUAAAAUCCGGUAUGUGACAUCAGGAACCUUCUAUAAUGUAAACCCAUUCCUCAGAGAUCAAUUAUUAGAGCACAAAACACUGUUACGAUACGAAUCUUCUGUACCAUAUUCCCAAACAUUUGGAUGCUUAUUUUUGAAAUCUACUUUUUAUUUUAUCUGUCAGCACUAAUGAUGUCUUUCUAAUAUAGAAUGCGUUUUAGAAGUCGCUUUUUUGGGGCGAUUGUUAGAGGUACGUGUCCAAAUGCUGCUGACGUAAGUUAUUUUGGUACGAACUGAAUGAUAUCUUUUUUCAACGGGUUUAUGCAGGGGCAUCCUUGUUAGCAUUAAUCGAAUUCGCUAAUUAACUACAUACUAUGCACAAUCGUAUACCCAAAAUUAGGUUUUCAUGCUUUGACAAAGGAGCAAAUGCGUUGGUAACCACACUUUUUUCUCAUUAACAUUAAGGGCGCUUAGAGAUAUGGCGUCACGCCAUCGCCACACUGUUGAACAGUAUUGCAAUAACAGCCACGAGCAUUAUUAUGCACGUAUCAACGUGGGGACCAAGGUAAACUAGCUUUUUGUGAUGGUUCUUCUGCGCAGUUUUUUUUUACCAAAUGAGACUCUAUGCAAAUGUACAUAGGUAUAGUCGCGACUAGACACAAAAAUAUUGCGUCGAUUUCUUGCGUUAAUCACUGCUUUGAGCGGCUGGCUCCCAGUAAGAAACGAGGUGAGUUUACAGCCGAUUUCUAAAUCUAACAGGCAAACACGUUACCACUGCAUCAUAAUGGUAACAUUUGGAUAAGCAAAUCAAAAACAAACGCGACACCAAGAGUUGGCCCGCCGAGUCAACCCCAAUAUGAGACGUUAUAUUAUCUAAGAUUCAAUGGCAGCAAAUAUCUGCUUCUUAAUAAAACCAAAUAAAGUAGCUUGUCAAUUAAGGUAAAUAAUUAUCAUUUCCUUUUUUUGACCAGUACGCAAAAUCCAAUAGGUUUGUCACUAAAUACGUCACAAUUCAAUCACUAAGAAAAACACCCAGUGCAAACGAAACGGCACCUUACUACUUUAAGCAAGCAUCGUAUAUAAUAUUAAAAAGUACACGAAAACAAAUAGAGGCUAAAGUACGCGUGCUUAGGUGUAUCAGCAGAUAAAGUAGCACAGACGAUUUUCAUGCCACUUUUUUUUAUAGAGAAAGUGAAAUAUUUGAAAAGAGCGCGCAAGACUGGGAAAGACACCGAAUGAUAAACUGAUGUUUAUUUUAUACUUACAUUUUUUGUUCUAUAUAUAUAUAUUUUAUCCGCGGCAUUGCAAUAGGACACUAUGCGUCUACAACGGCUCUUUUCAAUAUUCAACAAGCGUAUGAAUCGGGUGGCAAGAUUCAAGCCAGGGGUCUUUUACUUCGUAGCUGGCGAGCCACCAGUCUUAUUUCAUUAUAUAACUUACGUUUAAUUUCCACAAAA